AUGAUUAAAACAAGAAGAUCAGUUGUGGUAACAGUAGCUUUACUCGUUAUCAUCACCUUGAUAUACUCCAUCUCAGGAACACAAUCAAAUGUCACCUUGAACGACUUCAAAGACGCCAAAGUCGAAUUCAUCAAACCAGUUGAGAUAACUAAGGACUCAAUCAAUGUAGGUGAAUCAAUCAUUGCAGAUGAUUCGAGUGAAUCUGUUGAAUUAGAUGCUGCAAAAGAUGAUAAAUCGAUCAAUUCAGAUGAACAGGUUCCUUUACAAGUGGGUCAAGGAGCUCAAGUAGUGGAAGAAGCUUUCAUGCCAAAGAUGGCUAAUGAAACCUUAAAAGCCCAAUUGGGUAAUUCAUCAUGGAGAUUAUUACAUACCAUAUUAGCUAGAUAUCCUGAAACCCCUUCAAAAGAACAACAAAUGGUCCUCAAGCAAUUCAUCACAUUGUUUGCCCAAAUUUAUCCUUGUGGAGAUUGUGCCCGUCAUUUCCAAAAAUUACUUGAAAAGUUCCCUCCUCAAAUCAGUUCAAGGAAGACUGCUGCCUUAUGGGGAUGUCAUAUUCAUAACAAAGUCAACGAUAGAUUGGGCAAAGAAAUGUAUGACUGUACAACUAUCUUAACUGAUUAUGAUUGUGGAUGUGGUGAUGAUGAGAACGAACUUGAUAUCACCUUAGGAGGUAAGUCAUUGAACAAUUUGAAUGGAAUUGAAAUUGAUGAAGAGGUUCAACAGUUAGGUUAG